UGGCAGCAUCUUCACAUCAUUUUGAGUAAACAUUUUUUUUCUCAAAAAAAUUUUUGUAAACAAAAAGAAACCUGUAAAUAAUAUAAAUAAGAAAAUAAAAUGGAAUUAUUGUCUUUACCUUCCACGCAAUCUAAACAAAUUCAUCAUAAAUGCAGGACAUGCAUUAAAGCAAAAAUCAGUAGAUAUUCUUUGUAUCAGCGUAUAUCUCUGGAGACAGGACUUUCAAAGACUUAUGGAGAGCUUUUAAGUAAUUUGCUGAGAAGUAACCCUUCUUUAGAAGAAGAAACUCUUAUGCCACAAAGGUUGUGUAUCAAGUGUGCAAAUUUAUUAAAAAAUAUUUACGUUUUCCUCUUAGAGGCGGAAAAGUUACAUGAAAUAUAUUUGAAUCAAGCAAGGAAUUUAAAAACUGUUGUGAAAAACGAAGACUGUUUGCAAGAACCACCAAUUGAUUUGCCACAAGAGACAGAAAUUAUUGCAGAUAUUAAGUCAGAGCGGCAGUUAUCUAAAAGUCCUUCACACUUCGAUAGUCUAUCAGAAGAAACAAAGCAAGAGCAAUUAAUCGAAAAUGUAAAAGAGGAAAUUGAUAAAAAUGAUGAGUAUUACCUAAACGAUGUUGGUCCACCGGGCAGUUACGAAUACGCUCAGUCAGAUGUUAUUUUAAGAUUGGAUUAUGAUGAGGAUACAAAAAGUUCGAAUGGGUUAGAAGAAAAUUUUAGUCAAAGUACUUCAGAUGAAACUUAUAAAGAAAAAGAAAAACAUAUAAAGCCUACGGAUGAAGAUAAUAAUAAAGAAAUUAAAGAUAAUAGAUCAGCAUUUCAACAGCACUUGGCUGUACGUUGCGAAUUGUGUGAUAAAAUCUACAAGAAUUCUAAAACCUUAGCGGCUCAUAAGUUCUACACUCAUAUGAAUGAUGAGGAAAAAUUGCGUUGUGCUUUAUGCGGCUUUAAAACUAGUCGAAUAGCUUGUUUAAAGAUUCACAUGACCACUAUACAUGGUCCCGAAUACGCUGAAAGGUAUAUUAAACCAAAAAAUGAACGCGUAAGGAAUUUCGAAUGCUAUUUAUGUUCGAGGAAAUACUGUCGCAAAGAAGAUCUGCAAAAACAUGUAAAAAAAAAACAUUCUAACGAUUCGAAAACAGAAAAACAAAGGUCUCAGAACAGAGUUGCGAAAUCGAAAGACUUUCAUUUAUGUAACUUUUGUGGUCAGUCUUUUACAACACAUAGCAGCCUGCGUAUGCAUUCUCGAAAACACACCGGUGAAAGACCUUAUAAAUGCGAUUUGUGUGAGAAGGCAUUUAUGAGACAACAGGAUAUGAAGUUGCAUCGAGUCAUACAUAGUGAUGAAAAACCUCAUCAAUGUUUUGAAUGCGGUAAAUCUUUUAAAAGACCCGACAAACUGCGCACACAUAUGCGCGUGCAUUCAGAACUUCGCCCCUAUAAAUGUACGGAAUGUGAUAAAAGUUUCAAAUAUGCGUCCGUACUACGAACACAUAUGCAUAUACAUACUGGCCAAAAGCCUUUCUCUUGUAAGACUUGCAGAGAAAGUUUCUCGCUAAGGACAUCUCUAAAUGCACAUUGUUUAAAAAAUGGGCAUAAUAAAUAA